AUGUCAAACUCUUACAGUCAGCGGUCUGUUGUCGUCCUGUCAUUACUGGGGAUUUUAUCGGCCAUUAUGUCCGUGUUAUCGGUCAUUCUGAUUUUCCAGCUGCAACCACAACACACGGCAAUGAAGGAGGACGCCACUUCGGUCGUGCCUCCGCAUGUCCGACCUUUUCUGUCCCCGGUGUCCACGAUACUCUCGGCUCUUUCGCUAACCCUGAACUUGAGCUCCGUGGUGGUUUGCCUUCUACACGGCUACUUUUCCACCGAGGUGUGUCGAGGAGAGCAGGACACCGAAAGAGCCGACUGGUUCCUAGUGGACAGUAGAGCUGUGCGACACUUAGCCAUCGGACUAUUCUGCCUGGGAGUUUCAAUCUAUUUAGCAGCUAUGUCCAUUUUUAUGCUCCUCAUAUUUGAGGCGGAGACAGGUAUUGCAAGCGCGUGUGUCCUGGCCUCUGGCAUCUUCAUUCUCCUGGUGGUGGUGAUCCACUCCCUGGUCAAGUUUUCCCGAGUGGCUAAACGAGGCCAAGACGACCAUCUGGAAAAUCUCUUUCGCAGUGAGCUCAGAAGUAGCAACGACAGUCCUGUGUCAUGGCCCUGCGAGCUUAAAAUUGGCGUGGACAAACUGCGGGUGCCCCGCAGACUUUCUCACUUCCAGCAUCACAUGUCGCUCACGCCUUCAAGUAGCCCUAGACACCAGCAGCAGCACCACCUGCAGGAGGACUACGCCCCUGUCGUCGAAGAAUUGCAAGGCCACUCGAGCAACACGGACGGCUACAGCGGUGGCGACAGCGCUCCUCGCUCACACAGGAGCUUAUCGUCAGACUCCGUUUUACAUAAGAGCAAACCCUGGAAUGGUGUCAACAACGAGAUGAGAAGCGUCCUGGCGCGCAAGUCGCUGAAUCCGGCAAAAGACUCGACGCUUGUGUAA